AUGGCUUAUGCUGCUAUUACUUGUCUUAUGAGAACCAUACAACAAUCUAUUCAACUUACUGGAUGUAAUUUGCAAUCAUUCUAUGAAAAGUUUGAAUCUUUGAGAGCUAUUCUGGAGAAACACACGGGAGAUCUUGAUGCAUUGAAAAGCUUGGAAGCUGAAAUCAUAGAACUUGUAUGCACUACAGAAGAUAUUUUGGACUUGGAAUCAAGAAAUGUUAAAAAUCCAAUUUCAAAAAUAAUAGCUUUUUGGAAACUUCAUUCUCUCUUGAAACAAGCAGUAGGACGCAUUGAUUCCAUGCUGAACAAGUGGAUGGAAAUGCACAACAUGUACACCAAAAGCAAAGAUGAAGAAGCACAUAACUUGGAUCUUGCUAGUACUACAUCGAUGUCUCAACCUGUUGUGGAGCCUCAGGAUAUGAUGGUUGGGCAUGAAAAUGAACUCGAGAUGAUCAUGCAGGAUCAACUUGCUAGAGGAACAAGUGAACUUGAAGUUGUCUCAAUUGUAGGUAUGGGGGGCAUCGGUAAGACAACUCUGGCUGAUAAAAUUUAUAAUGAUCCAUUCAUAAUGUCACGCUUUGACAUUCGUGCAAAAGCUACUGUUUCACAAGAGUAUUGUGCGAAAAAAGUACUCCUAAGUCUUCUUUCUUCUACUAGUGGAAAGAUCGAUGAGCAUCAAGAUGAUGGGCAACUAGCUGACCGAUUACAAAAAAGUCUAAAAGGGAGGAGGUAUUUGGUAGUCAUUGAUGACAUAUGGACCAAACGAGCUUGGGAUGAUAUCAAGCUAUGUUUCCCAGAUUGUAACUGUGGAAGCAGAAUACUGCUGACCACUCGGAAUAUGGAAGUAGCUGAAUAUGCUAGCUCAGGUAAGCCUCCUAAUCAAAUGCGACUCCUGAAUUUUGAUGAAAGUUGGAAGUUACUGCAGAGAGAAGUCUUUGUAAAAAACUGUUUCUCCCCUGAAUUUGAACAACUUGGGAAGCAAAUUGCUCUUAAAUGCGGGGGAUUACCUCUAGCAAUUGUUGUUAUUGCUGGACUUCUUUCCAAAAUUGGUGAAGCAUUCGAUGAAUGGACAAGUGUUGCCGAGAAUGUAAGUUCAGUGGUAAGCACAGAUCAUAAUGUUCAAUGCAUGAGAGUUUUGGCAUUGAGUUACCAUCACUUGCCAAAUCACCUAAGAGCGUGCUUUCUAUAUUUUGCAAUGUUCCCGGAAGAUACAGUGAUUUUUGUUAAUAAACUUGUGAAAUUAUGGGCAGCAGAGGGGUUUUUGAAGGCAGAAAUGAUGAAAAGCAUAGAAGAAGUGGCAGAAAAAUGUGUUAAAGAUCUUAUAGAUAGAAAUUUAAUAUUUGUCCACAGUGUGAGUAGUUUUGAUGGAAAAAUAAAAGCUUGCAGAAUGCAUGAUGUGAUCCGUGAACUCUGCUUGAGAGAAGCUCGUAACACAAAUUUUGUGAAUGUAAUGAUGGAUAAUGAAACUCCAUGUGAACAAUCCAGGAAUUUUUCCACAAGGGGAGUUCGGAUAAGUAUCCGAUCAAAGCAAUCCAAACUUGCUGCCAGUCAGCUGUCGAUGGUUCGUAAUAAUGAUUCCUAUUCUGUUCUCCUUUUUACUGAAGAUCCCUCAAGCUCAACAGUGAUGCAACAUUUGAAGCAUUUCAAGGUACUAAGAGUACUAGAUCUUGCUUCGUUGGUGUGGCGUUUUUUUCCCAUUUGCAUAGUUGAACUAUUUCACUUGCGAUAUCUAGCUUUGUGUGUUUACUCGUCUUCUAAUGAUCGGGAUAUUUGCAUUCCACCAUCAAUAACUAGACUUCAGUAUUUGCAAACUUUAAUACUUAAGUUUCCAACAUCUCUUGCAUGGAAGUAUACAAGACCUUUCAUAUUACAAUCGAGAAUUUUCAAAAUGUCUCAAUUGAGACACCUUUCUUUAGACUGGAAUUACUUAAAUGAGUCUAUGGGGAGAAGCUGGCUUCUGAGAAAUUUGCAAUGUCUGUCUGGAUUGAAUCCUUUAUCGUGUACUUCUUCGAUCUUUAGACUACUUCCCAAUGUAAAGAAGUUGCAAAUAUGUGGUAUCCAAGAAGACUACAUAAGAAAGGACAAGGUCUUCGAUGAUCUUUGCUGCUUAGAUCAGCUUACAGAAUUGAAAUUUAAGAUUAGAAAGAUGAUUGGAAGAGUAAUAUAUGAUACAUCUUUCAUUCUUCCUCCUCUAGGUUCUUUUCCGAAGAACCUUAAGAAGUUAGCUUUUACAGGUACUCGUUUGCAUUGGGAGGAUUUGGAGAUUCUUGGUAAGUUGCCUAAACUCGAGGCCCUAAAACUAGGAUAUGAUGCCUGCAUUGGUACUGAUUGGGAAGUAGGUGAGGAAGGAUUUCCACACUUGAAGUUCUUGCAAUUGAAGCAUUUGUACUUACAUAACUGGAGAGCUAGUAGUGAUCAUUUUCCACGACUUGAACGACUAGUCAUUAACCGUUGUUGGAGCAUGUAUUCAAUCCCACAGGAUUUUGUAGACAUAACCACACUUCAGCUGAUUCAUGUAAGUGACUGUGCAAAAUCUGUUGGGAACUCUGCCAAGACGAUUCAGCAGGAAAUUGAAGACAGCUAUGGAAGUUCUGUUGAGGUCUGUAUCAGUAUCAUAGUAACAAACCAGCUAACCCAGCAGGAAGGGUCACGACGCGAUAAUAGAGAAAGGCACCCUCCUAAAUAUCUUGACAAUUAUCGGUUUGUCGAUCCCAGAGUGAUGUUAAAAGCUGGAAGUUCUCGGGCACCUAAAGAAACCACUCAACGCCUAUUAGAGAGGCAGUGA